ACAUAUUUAGGUGUUUUUCAAUCCUUUAACUUUCUUAAUAUUUUUUAGGCUUUCUUUUCUCUCUCUCCUCUCUCUUUCUUUCACUUUCUCUGUCAUAGUUCUUUUUCCUCUUUUCUCUCUCCUCUCUCUUUGCUCACAGGUUUCUCUCUCUUUCUCUCUCCAGAAAGGGCAAAACAACCCUGAAGAACCGUUUACACCGCAAGAUUUAAAUGGAUAUAUGGACUUAUUCAUUCAACUCACGGCAUAAUAUAUUGUGUUGGUGUUGUUUGAGCCCAUGUAGUAGCUCCAUGGACGAGGAUGCGUUGAACAUGCGUAAUUGGGGUUACUAUGAACCGUCUUUUAAAGGACAUCUUGGUCUUCAUCUAAUGGCUGAGCGGGACAAAAAGCCUUUCAUUCCUGCGCGUGACCCCAACAACCUCAUGGUUACUACCAAUGCUUUUCACCCAAGGGACUGCAUUGUCUCUGAGGCACCUCCUAUCCCCAUGCAAUAUGUUAGGGAUACUUGGAUUAGCCAGAGAGAGAAGCUUUUCAACAUGUUGCCUCCUGUCACUGCCCCGAAUUACGACAUUCUUCCAGAAACUUCGGCUACUCAUUCCAUGCCAAUUUGGCAGCCUUCUCUUCCUCCUGAUGCUUCAACAAGAGAUGAGAGGGUGGUUGGUAGGGUCGAAGAGCCACCAGCUAGUAAGGAAGGUGUUCAAUCGAAGAAAAGGCAGGGUGGGGGUGACCCUAAGACUCCCAAGGCCAAAAAGCCUAGGAAGCCUAAGGAUAAUACCAAUUCUAGUGUGAAGCCAGCAAAGAAGAGUAUGGAUAUUGCAAUAAACGGGUAUGACAUGGAUAUUUCCAGCAUUUCGAUUCCAGUUUGCUCGUGCACUGGAACCGCUCAGCAAUGUUAUCGAUGGGGGUGUGGUGGUUGGCAAUCUGCCUGUUGCACCACAAAUGUAUCGAUGUACCCAUUGCCAAUGAGCACCAAAAGGCGCGGUGCAAGGAUAGCUGGCCGGAAAAUGAGCCAGGGGGCGUUCAAGAAGGUCCUUGAGAAACUUGCUGCUGAAAAUUAUGAUUUCAGUAACCCCAUUGAUUUGAGGACUCAUUGGGCUAGACACGGCACCAACAAAUUUGUCAUUAUCAGGUAGGUUUAAAUUGGAUAGUGGGAGUCCAUUGCAUAUGGUCUGCUUCACCUGUAUAUAUCUGGAUCAAUGCCUCGUGGGGCAUGAUAAUGUUUUAAAAAAUCGAACUGGUUUAGAUUUUUAUUUAUGCCUUAAGGACAUCCGUUUGUUCUGGUCAUCCACAUUAAGUAGUGGAUGAGCUUUCCAUUUGUUGGGUAAUCUCGGCUAAUGUUAUUGAAGAAUGAUGCGGUUGAAUGAUGCACUUCUUGGCUAUCUUCUUAACUGAUAUUAGUAGCACCAUCUAUCAGAAGUAGUGAUUGAGAAUCUGAAAUGAAUUAAACUUGUUUUGAAGUGAUUUGAUUUAA